AUGGCGCCGUUCUCUCUAAAGGUCGACGGAUCCUCACCGCAAUGCACCACGCCGUCUGAAAGAAACGCUCAUCAAAUGGUCUCUGUGAAAGUUGGCUGUCUACACAUCAACCCCAGUUCAAAGCAUGGGCGUCGGAAACUCCUAAUCCAGUUGCUGGCACUCUGUUUCGUCCCUCACGUGGCACUAAUACUGCAGAACUGCACAACUAUGGCGCAACUGUCAAGUACCUUGGAUGCUUCGUUAUAUUUAGAUUCUGAGGUACGAACAAACCUCGACAUAGGCGAAACCGUCAUGUCGUUUCAAGCUGAGCGGAUACUAAUUAUCAAGUCCGUGUUUCUGCAGCUAGAGUCUCCACAUAAAAGCAGAUCAACUUUGCGGAAGGGCAUUUCUGCGACUGACGAAUAUCUCGAGUCACUGCCGCCUAUAAUUUUACAAGAUGGACUUAAGAAGAAGUUGUAG